AUUGCGAACAGACCGACUGACUGGAGGUCUGCUGCGGACUCAGGCGUAGCGGCAGACAGCAAAAUAGGUGGGAAAAGUUGUUGCGAACUACCUCCACGGUUUACACGGAGCACAGAGCGGCAGCAGCUGAGUUUUAAAAGGUCAAACGUUCCUGCAGUCAGACAUGAGGAGCCCUCCAGGCCUGUGUUGUUGAGCUGCUGAGGUCAGAGAUCAAGCACUUGUUCCGGCAGUCAUGGCUGACAAAGAGGGGCUACCCGUCGCCCCAGGCCAGGUCUACAUUGAGGUGGAGUACGACUAUGAGUACAAAGCCAAAGACAAGAUGGUAACCAUCCGCCAGGGGGAGUGGUACAUGCUGGUUAAGAAGACCAACGAGGAUUGGUGGCAGGUGAGGAAGGAGGAGGGCACAAAGGCAUUUUAUGUGCCGGCACAGUAUGUUAGGGAGGUACGCCGGGCACUCAUGCCCCCUCAGAAGCCCGCUGUGAGGGCCAAGCCUACUGUUCUGGAUAUCUGCCGUGCGUCUAAUGAAAACCUUAACAGACCCCAGCCGGAAAUGUCCAGCUUUGGGCGUCCGUCACCCUCCUCCACCCCGUCCCCAUCCUCUGAUCGGGUCACUCCACCAGCUUUGCCAAAGGAUUCUAACCAGAACCUGGGGAGUCCUCUUCACUGCAAGGUGGUGGCCGAACUGGUGCUUCUUCACAACAACAACAACCAUCACCACGCUAACAACUCGACUUUACCAAGGACAAGGGCAGACUCGCCUCCGCUUAAAGUGGGGAACAACCACAGCAAAAGUCCAGACAGUGAUAAGGCGUCUUCACCAAGCGAGCUGGUGGGAGACGGGCUGAACAAGCUCCACAAUGACUCUGAGUCUGGAGAUGAGCUCAGCAGCAGCUCAACCGAACAAAUGCAGACCACAUCACCCACAGGUCAGGGCCGGUCCGACUCGCCCGUUUACACCAACCUGCAGGAGCUGAAGAUCUCUCAGUCCAGCCUGCCACCCGUCCCCUCCGGAUCCCCUCUCCACAUCCUGGGCGACUGGGAGACCCACAAAGACCUGAGCGGCCGGCAUUUCUACUACAACCGUGCUACGGGAGAGCGCACAUGGAAGCCGCCCCGCACCAGGGACACCAGCGGCAGCACCAGCAGUGUCCGGGGAGACAGCCAGGGAACGGUGGAGAGUGAGCCUCUGUCCUCAGAAGAAAACUGUCACAGCACCCACUCAAGUCAGUCUGACAGCCAGUACGGGUCGCCCCCUAGAGGCUGGUCGGAGGAGCUUGAUGAGCAUGGACACACACUUUAUGUCUCUGAAUACACACAGGAGAAGUGGAUCAAACAUGUGGAUGAGCAGGGCAGGCCCUACUACUACAGUGCCGAUGGAUCCAGGUCAGAAUGGGAACUUCCCAAGUACACUUUCUCCCCUCAGUCUGGAGAAGUUCCCAAGAGUCGCAGUUUGGAGAGAAAGCAGCCAGAUCCCAUCGUGCUCACCAAGUGGAGACACAGCACUUACGUGUUAGACCUCAACGACAAGUUCUCGUUCAAACUGAAGCACUUCUCCUCCAACCAUCACAAGAGGAGGUUUCGUCUCUCUCUUUACAGUGAUAAAGAGUGUGCUCCAGCGCCCAAACAGAGCCCUCCAGACUCUGACUCCUGCCCCUCAUCUCCUAAGCACCCCUCAACCCCCUCAGAAAAGUGUGGAGUCCUUAACGUCACCAAAAUCACAGAAAAUGGAAAGAAAGUCAGGAAGAACUGGACCUCCUCAUGGACGGUCCUGCAGGGUUACUCUCUGCUCUUUGCAAAGGGUCAGGGAGGCAGCACCAGCUGGUCUUACUAUCGCAGCGGCUCCAUCCCUGAGCUGCUCCUCACUCUCCUUAGCAACUGGAAGCGUUCAGUAAAGCCCCGUCCUGCUGUCUCCUAUGUGAACUGUAGGCCUGUGCAGGCUGCUGCUAAGUUCGGCAGCAACCAGUCAAAGCCGGAGUUCACUGUCGAUCUGCGAGGGGGGUCAGUGGACUGGGCCUCGAAGGACAAGUCGAGCAAGAAGCACGUUAUCGAGCUGAAGACGCGUCAGGGGACGGAGCUGCUGAUCCAGUCAGAGAUCGACAGCGUCAUCAACGACUGGUACCGGGCCCUCACAGAGACCAUCAACACUCAUGCCUGGGAGUCCGAUGAGGCCAUUGAGGAGGACAUGCCGGAGUCUCCAGGAGCUGAGAAACAGGACAAAGAGAAAGACCACCGAGACACCAAGAAGAACAGAGUGAUGAAGAACUCUGUGAGUAUGGAUGCCUCAGACCAGAAGAAAACCAGGCUGAAGCUUAAGAAGUUCCUGACACGUCGGCCCACCUAUCAGGCUGUCCGAGACAAAGGAUACAUUAAAGAUCAGGUGUUCGGCUGCAGCCUUACCAGUCUGUGCCAGCGGGAGAACACGUCAGUGCCCAACUUUGUUACAAUGUGCAUCGACCAUGUAGAGAACACGGGUCUCAACAUUGACGGUCUUUACAGAGUGAGUGGAAACCUGGCUGUGAUCCAGAAACUCCGCUUUGCUGUAAAUCACGACGAGACGUUGGAUCUGAACGAUAGUAAGUGGGAGGACAUCCACGUCACCACCGGAGCGCUGAAGAUGUUCUUCAGAGAGCUUCCUGAGCCUCUAUUCACUUACGGAUCCUUCAAUGACUUUGUCAACGCCAUCAAAUGCUCCGACUACAAACAGCGAGUGAAUUCAAUCAAAGAUUUAAUUAAGAAGUUGCCAAAACCGAACCACGACACAAUGCAGGUCCUCUUCAAACACCUCAGGAGGGUGAUCGAUCAUGGAGAGGCCAACCGUAUGACCACCCAGAGCGUGGCCAUCGUGUUCGGGCCCACGCUGCUCCGGCCUGAAACCGAAACGGGCAACAUAGCGGUCCACAUGGUGUACCAGAACCAGAUAGUGGAGCUCAUACUAAUCGAGUAUGAGAGCAUCUUCGGCAGGUAGAGACACCCGCUCAGAAGAGGACGCUGGCUUCUGUUUCCUUUUCCCCCUUUUCUUUGACUGAGCUGAACAUUGCUGUGGACCAAGCAGUCGGGAGAGAAAUAAAGUAUUUCAUUCAUUGAUGGGACAGUUUAUGAAUAUGUUGCACUUACAGACAAGCUUAAACAGGUGUACAGAUCUCACCCGCUUCCACAUGCCGAGAAGCGGGCUGGACCACGGACAGUGUUUCAGAGUGAUGCCGUGGUGACGUCCGUGUGAUUUGGUGGAUUUUGAGUAUUCAGGUGUUUUCACAUACACUGGAUCCCUGCGGCCAGUAAAUAGACGUUCAUGGGCGAUUUUUGCCUCCUAGUGAAGCCGACCAGACUCUUUUUGUGGCAUUAGAAGUCAAAACCGGCAACCUCAUCACCUCUCUGAAGGCUUGAGCUGAAUCAGAACUGGAUGGUUUUUCUGCGUCGUGGAGCUUUUGUCUGUGAUGUUGUGUGGUUUUGGAUCAGACGGAGUAAAAUAAUCAGUGUUAUAUUAACAGACUGUCUUUUGGCACUUCAUGAUGAUGUACUGGAGUUACAGAUCGUGUCUCCAACUUCCCACAAUCCCUCUUAUCGUCAUCACCCUCCCCUUUUUGACCUCUUUGCCUCCUUUCAACCAGUGUUAAGCAUUAACCCUGUGACAUGAGUGUCUUGUGACUUGUAUGAUGGAGGACAAACCUUCUACGUGUGAGUGAGUGCGAAUGAAUUACUGGAAUUAAACCUGAGCAGAAGCACCCUCGUCUUGCCACUUUGUACAAACGUUCGUGUCGUGUAGUCUUCGUGCUUUUGGUAAAAUUUGGUUCAAGCUGCCGGGGUUCAUCGUCUGUGCUCCUUUAUGAACUUCAGUGUUUGUGGGAAAUGUCACAACGUCCUGGUGUUACUGGAAAGUGGAAGUCCUGAAGCUGCAGUGUUUUUACAUGAAUGGUCUCAGACUGGUCUAAGCUAAUAUUAAAUAGUAUUCAGAGAAGGGAACCGGUACAAAGAUCUCACAGGUUGAUGUGUUAGAAAGCAAAGAAGAGCCUUUAAACCCUUACAGAGCGUAUGUACAGAAACUAGCUGUUAAAAUGUGUUCUAGUGACUGAGGUAUGUAUGCUUUGAUGGUGAACUAGUGAAAGCUGAUUUUGAUUUUGUAAAUUUGAAAUAAAAGAUGAAAAAUACACAUUGUGAACAAAACAACCACAUGAUCGACUGUUACUUUUGUUUGAAGGUGUAUCUGGAGUGUUUGCGCAUGGUCAGCUGCACAUUUUGAAUGUAAUUUUCAGGCUAACUGCUGUUUGUGAAAAUGCUACGUCUA